GUUGUCCUGGGACCAAGACAAGUUCGCCUAAGAUAAGGAGUUACGUAGAAGACAGGGAGUCCUGGUGUACAGGCUGGCCCUGGACGUCACUUCCGCUGGCGGCAGUGGCGUCACUUCCUGCUCCUGGGGGCGGGGCAUUCGUGUCCUUGCGGUGCUGGGCGGUAGACCGUCCAGACCAACACGCGUGGUAUCUUCGCGGUGUCUGGCAAGAGACUACCAAGACAGACGCUAUGACUGAGGCCGAUGUGAAUCCGAAGGCCUAUCCCCUUGCCGAUGCCCACCUCACCAAGAAACUACUGGACCUCGUUCAGCAGUCAUGUAACUAUAAGCAGCUUCGGAAAGGAGCCAAUGAGGCCACGAAAACCCUCAACAGGGGCAUCUCUGAGUUCAUCGUGAUGGCUGCAGAUGCCGAGCCACUGGAGAUCAUUCUGCACCUCCCGCUGCUGUGUGAAGACAAGAACGUGCCCUACGUGUUUGUGCGCUCCAAGCAGGCCCUGGGGAGAGCCUGUGGGGUCUCCAGGCCUGUUAUCGCCUGUUCUGUCACCAUCAAAGAAGGCUCGCAGCUGAAACAGCAGAUCCAAUCCAUUCAGCAGUCCAUUGAAAGGCUCUUAGUCUAAACCUGUGGCCUCUGCCACGUGCUCCCUGCCAACUUCCCCCCGGAGGUUGUGUAUCAUAUUGUCUGUGUUAGCAUGUAGUAUUUUCAGCUACUCUCUAUUGUUAUAAAAUGUAGUACUAAAUCUGGUUUCUGGAUUUUUGUGUUGUUUUUGUUGUUUUACAGGGUUGCUUUCCCCCUUCCUUUCCUCCCUCCCUCUGCCAUCCUUCAUCCUUUUAUCCUCCCUUUUUGGAACAAAUGUUCAGAGCAGACAGAAGCAUGGUGGUGGCACCGUUGAAAGGCAGAAAGAGCCAGGAGAAAGCUGAUGGAGCCAGGAUAGAGAUCUGGUUCCAGCUUUCAGCCACUAGCUUCUUAUUGUGUGCAGGGUGUGGUGGAAUUAAACACCAUUCAUUAUGUAUCUCUGUGCCUGGCACACAGAAUCAUUCAUACGUGUUAAAGUGAUCAAGGGGUUUCAUUUGCUCUUGGGGGAUUAUGUAUCAUUUGGGGAGGAAGCAUGUGUUCUGUGAGGUUGUUCGGCUAUGUCCAAGUGUCAUUUACUAAUGUACCCCUGCUGUUUGCUUUUGGUAAUGUGAUGUUGAUGUUCUCCCCCUACCGCCAACCAUGCCCUUGAGGGUAGCAGGACAGCAGCAUACCAAAGAGAUGUGCUGCAGGAUUCCGGAGGCGGCCUGGGUGAGUGAGCCAUGGGGCAGUUGACCUGGGUCUUGAAAGAGUCGGGAGUGACAAGGUCAGAGCAUGAACUGACGCUGGCAUGAAGGAUUCCAGGAAGAUCAUGGAGACCUGGCUGGUAGCUGUAACAGAGAUGGUGGAGUCCAAGGAAACAGCCUGUCUCUGGUGAAUGGGACUUUCUUUGGUGGACACUUGGCACCAGCUCUGAGAGCCCUUCCCCUGUGUCCUGCCACCGUGUGGGUCAGAUGUACUCUCUGUCACAUGAGGAGAGUGCUAGUUCAUGUGUUCUCCAUUCUUGUGAGCAUCCUAAUAAAGAAAUCUAUUCCAUUUUGAUGACA